AUGGGUGUGAGUACUACUGAAAAGGCUGAGCUUGAUGCCUAUCAACCCAAGGGUGUAGCUCAAACGUGGUACAAUCAAUGGAAGGAUAGUAGAGCUUUAGGAGGUGGUCCCAUAACUUGGGAGAUUUUCAAAAAGGCAUUUCUUGACAGAUUCUUCCCAAGGAAGCAAAGGGAAGAUAAGUCAGACGAGUUCAUUAACCUCCAUCAAGAAGGUAUGAGUGUUAACCAAUAUCGCAUAAAGUUCAUUAAGCUUUCCAAAUAUACUUUCUCUAUAGUUUCCAAUGCUAGGGAUGAAAUGAUCUGUUACGUAAUGAGGGUGUUUGAAGAGCUUGAAAAAGAAUGUCGUGCGACUAUGCGUUAUGAAAAUAUGGAUCUUCCUAGGUUUAUGGUUCAUGCUCAACAAAUAGAGGAGAGUCGUCUAAGGAAGAGGAAUAGAGAAGCUAAGAAGGCAAGGUCUUUUGAAAGUGGUUCUUCCAAGAGUAGGUUUGAUACUCAAGACAAGCCUAAGUUCAAUAAGAGGUUAUCAAACCAGGUUUCUUCAAAUCUCUUCAAGACUCAUAAUGAUAGGGUGUCUAAUCCUAAACCUCAAAAGGGGAGAAAUGUUGAUCCACCAAGAGAAAGACCAACUUGUGGUAUGUGUGGUAAGAAACACGUGGGUGAAUACCUUGUUGGAACUAAAAGUUGCUAUGGUUGUGUCAUAGGUUACCAUAUGGUGGAAGAUUUUCCUAAUGUGAGGAAUCAAGUAAAGGGGAAUAUCCAAGAUCUAUCAAGAGUUCCUAGCUCCGAAGCUCCAAAAAUGAAGAAUUUUUAA